AUGUCGUUGCUGCUCAAAUGGACUGCCUGCGUGGCCCUCUUCCAGCUAACGAUGCAGUUGGUCCUGGCCAGCGAGUACAGCUGGUGUGAUCCCAGCCUGUGUCAGCCUGGCACCAGACACAUUGCCUGCCGGAAUACAGGACAAUUUCACAGACGCUGCCAGCCGGAUGCCUUUCAAGUGGAUGUGAGUCGCAACAAGGCGGAUUUCCUACACGAACAUAAUAAAAGGAGAAACUUUUUGGCUUUGGGAAAAGUGCCAGGAUAUUAUCCAGCUGCCCGUAUGGCCACCAUGGUAUGGGACGAUGAACUGCAGUACCUGUCCAUGCUGAAUACCCGCACUUGCAAACUGGACCAUGAUGACUGCCACAACACCUACAGAUAUGCCAAUUCUGGACAGAAUUUGGCUGCUGUGUGGCGACCCAGGAGUCAGCAUGUGAAUGUCACCAGUUUGGUGGAAGAGGUGCUGGGACUAUGGUUUAAUGAGUAUGAUCUUAUAGAUAGCAGUUUCAUAGAUGCCUUCAAAGUGACGCCGAUUUUCGAGGACUAUGGCCACUUUGCGGAGAUGAAUGUGGACAAGAACUUUGCCGUGGGCUGUUCUAUUCUGAGGUUCACGCGACCAGACUAUCCCUCCGUGUACAUCUACAAUGUCAUUUGCAACUAUGCCAGCCUCUACGCGUUAGGAGCUCCUGUAUACGAACGUGGUUAUCCCGCCUCCCGCUGCACCACGGGCAAGAGCCGCUUCUAUCCGGGACUCUGCUCCACGCGCGAGGAGUACAAUCCCAAUUGGUAA